AUGAAUGCAGAACUUCAAGAAUGGAUUCAACAGAAUACGGAAUCAAGAGUGACAGAGAAGUUUGUUGAGACUUUAAGGCAGAUUGCACGUAUUCAUAAGGAUGUAAACAAGUUCAUCGGGGGUGCUAAGGCUUUGGGGAAAUUUAAGGGCAAAGAUGAGUUUUUGAAGCAACUUUUUGAAAAAUUACAGGCACAUAAGCAGUCUCCAAAGCCAGAAUCAGCGGCUGUUCCAGCAAGAACCAUAAGGAAAAAAUUUGUGGUUAAACUUCCGUUGGAUGACAAGGAAGACGACGAUGAAGAUGAGCUUUCUACUGUGAAGGUACAAGUGAAACCAAAAUUCAACAAGCCUUUGACUUUGAAACGUAUUACGAAGCAAACUGCAGCAAAAUUGAAUGAGUUUUCAGAAAACACUGAACCAGUGGUCAUGGUAAAAAAAGAAGAAGCGACCAAAGGCACACUUAUCGAUGCAGAAGGUAGUGAUGUGGAAGAUAUAAAGGACGCCAAGGAUUUUACUGCACAAGAUAGAAAUUGGUACGAUAAUGAUGAUGAUUUUGAUAACGUCAUUCACGAUGAUGAAUAUAUACCAGCUCAGCAAGAUCCGUACGAAGGCGGCGACAGAGAGCUUGACUUGAAUGAACCUGAAAUCCAAUUAACUUCCUUAUCGUUGAAUGAGCGUAAAACCAUUAUUCCUCCGUUUUUACUUGAUUUCCAUGACCAGUCAGGAGAGCUUGCGAUAGUGGGUGCUUUGGAUAUGUCUUCAAAUGCAAAUAAGGGAAUAGCAGAUCCGAUAAGAAACCCUGAGAGCGACUUUUCUAUUAAUGCAAGGAGAGGCAGCAAGCUUGUAGCGAUGAGGAGGAUUCAUAGAGAUAGAAAAUCUAAAUCUCAGAACGCUACCGAGCUAAAAGGUAGCGCCUUAGGUAAAGUUCUAGGAGUAAAACAAGAUAGUUCAACUGACGCGCAAACUAAGCAACCUAAUCAGCCCAUUGCUAUAAAAGAAAAAGAGCAGAGCUUUGAAGAAAUACAAGCAGUGAGAAGGUCUUUACCCGCUUAUAAAGUACGACACGACUUAAUGCGCCAUAUUAGAGAUAACCAGAUUACUGUGGUUAUUGGUGAAACGGGUUCAGGUAAAACAACACAAUUAGCACAAUUCCUCUACGAAGACGGUUUCACUGCAAAUGGUAGAAUGAUUGGAUGUACACAGCCAAGAAGAGUAGCAGCUGUAUCGGUUGCUGAAAGAGUUUCCAAAGAAAUGGAUACCCCAAUUGGUGUUAAAGUUGGAUACUCAAUCAGAUUCGAAGAUCAGACUUCGGAUUCAACAAAAAUCAAGUUUAUGACCGACGGUAUACUCCUUAGGGAGGCAAUGAUAGAUCCGUUGCUUGAGAAAUAUUCAUGUAUUAUAAUGGACGAAGCUCAUGAACGAUCUUUGAACACCGAUGUGCUCCUAGGGAUCUUCAAAACAUUAUUAGCUCGAAGACACGAUUUAAAACUUGUCGUGACAUCGGCAACAAUGAAUGCAGAUAAGUUCUCCCAAUUCUUUGGUAAUGCGCCACAAUAUUUCAUACCGGGAAAAACUUUCCCCGUCGAAAUCAUUUACACUAACCAUCCAGUACCUGAUUACGUUGAAUCUGCUGUUCAAAAAGCUUUAGAUAUACAUUUAUCUACACCAAUUUCAAAUGGAGAUAUCUUGAUAUUUAUGACUGGUCAAGAAGAUAUUGAAGCAACUUGUUCUACCAUCAUCGAACGCUUAACUGAGAUCUAUACUAAAAAAUACGGGGCAAAUUAUGAGGAGCAAUUAGCGGAUGUUCAAGUUCUUCCAAUUUACUCGUCGUUACCUGCAGAUGUACAAGGAAGGAUAUUUCAAAGACAAGAACAAAACGUUAGAAAGAUUGUUGUUGCCACAAAUAUUGCUGAAACAUCAUUGACAGUUGACGGUAUUAAAUAUGUCAUAGAUUGUGGGUACUCCAAAUUGAAGGUGUAUAAUCCGAAAAUCGGCCUUGAUAGUUUGCGAAUCACACCCAUCUCACUUGCAAAUGCUAAUCAACGGUCAGGAAGGGCUGGUCGUACGGGCCCUGGUAUCGCAUAUAGACUUUUCACUCAUGAUUCAGCGAUGGAAGAUAUGUAUCCUCAGGCCAUCCCAGAAAUUCAAAGGACAAAUUUGGCAAAUACACUCUUGCAGUUGAAAUCGUUGAAUAUCAACAACUUAUCGAAAUUCCCUUUCAUUGAUCCACCGCCAUCGCAGAAUCUAAUGACAUCGUUGUACGAUCUUUGGGCCUUAGAAGCUUUGGACAACUUCGGUCAUCUAACUAAAUUAGGCAGACUGAUGGGUGCCUUCCCUUUACAGCCCUUUCUUUCCAGGGUACUAAUAAGUGCAUCACAAUAUGGCUGUACCGAAGAGAUGUUAACGAUUGUAUCUAUGCUUUCGGUUCCGUCUGUCUUCUAUAGGCCGAAGGAACGUGAAGAAGAAUCUGACCAAGCCAGAAGCCGGUUUUUCAUCCCUGAAUCAGAUCAUUUGACCCUACUUAACGUGUAUGCUCAAUGGAAAGCCAACAGAUAUUCUGCCCAUUGGUGUAAUUCACGCUUCUUACAAUUCAGAUCUCUCCAAAGAGCUAAAGACAUUCGAGAACAGUUACUCUAUGUGAUAAGAAAAUUGAAUUUACCGAUGGCUUCUUCUGGGUCAGACUGGGCUCCAAUAAGAAAAUGUCUAUGCACCGGUUACAUCCAACAGACUGCCAAACUAUCAGGGUUAGGCAAAUAUGUUCAUUUAAAAACAGGGAUGGAUCUCAAAGUACAUCCAACAAGUGCUUUAUUUGGUCUUGGUGACCUUCCAGCGUAUGUCGUCUAUCAUGAACUUUUGAUGACUACAAAGGAAUAUAUAAAUGUCGUGACAGCUGUCGACCCAUUAUGGUUGAUGGAAUACAGUGGUAUUUUCUAUCAUAUAAAGAGACGAAAAGAACAAUCCUAUCAGUUCGGACUAAACUCUUCUCUGAAUAACGAUGAUCAGGACCACCAGGACAAAAUUGAUCUUCAAAUUGAGAAACUAAGGCUUAAUGCAAAGGAUAAAUUGGAACGUCUAGAAACCGACAAAUCUUCUGCUGCUUUAAAUAAGACGAACAGUAUAGAAAUGAGAAGGACAACCAAUGAACGUCAGGAACAGCCUGCGGUUAGGAUUGGAAUAAAAAGAAGAAGACCUUUCUAG